AUGAGUGCUAUUUAUUUAGUGAAGAAUCAGGUCUUUCAUGUGAGGAUAAAGCAUAUCAAUGUUCGUUAUCACUUCGUUCGAGAUGUUCUUGAAGAUGGGGAUGUGGAGCUCGUGAAUGUCUGCAUAAAAGACAAUCCAGUGGAUAUGCUCACAAAGGUGGUUCCGACUAACAGUCUCUCUUUUCUUCUACAGGCUAUGGCAGAGGCUGCACAUCCUGCAUGCAUUUUAGAGACGAGAAAGACAGCUCCAGGUCUACGUUUGGUGGACAAGUGGGCGGUACUAAUUGGCGGUGGAAAGAAUCAUAGGAUGGGUUUGUUUGAUAUGGUCAUGAUAAAAGACAAUCAUAUCUCAAUUGCUGGAGGUGUCACAAAUGCUAUCAAAUCAGUAGACCAAUAUUUGGAGGAAAAGGGCCUUCAUAUGGCUGUCGAGGUUGAGACAAGGACGUUAGAAGAAGUGAUGGAAGUCUUGCAAUACGCUAUUCAGAAUAACACUUCUUUGACCAGAAUAAUGUUGGACAAUAUGGUUGUACCUCUGCCCAAUGGGGAUGUGGAUAUUUCCAUGCUAAAGGAAGCAGUUGACUUGAUAAAUGGUAGAUUUGAGACUGAGGCAUCUGGAAAUGUUACUCUUGAAACAGUGAAAAAGAUUGGCAAAGCUGGAGUAACCUACAUAUCCAGCUGUGAAAUAUAA